UUUCACACGUCUUGAUUUUUUUGACCGAACGAACAAUAUAUAAGGCUUUUCAAACAAUCAAACAUUCAGCACCAUACUGUGUCAUCAUAUCGAAGCGGAACAAGUAAGAAUCAAAAUGAAAAUUACAAUUUGUCUACUGCUUGCCCUCUGUAGCGCAGUUAGUGCCCAAAGGUAUGUAAAAGGAAAAAGUGGAUCAAGAGGUUGGGGAGCGAAGGGUGGGGGAAGACGUGGUGGUGGAUGGGGAGGUGGAAGUGGCGGUGGAUGGGGAGGUGGAAGUGAUGGUGGAUGGGGAGGUGGAAGUGAUGGUGGAUGGGGAGGUGGAAGUGGUGGUGGAUGGGGAGGUGGACGUGAUGGUGGAUGGGGAGGUGGAAGUGGUGGUGGAUGGGGAGGAAGAUCAUACGUAGGAUCUGGACAUGUAUAUGUUGAAAGACAGCCUUGGUGGUAUACCUAUGGUGGAUCUGGUGGUAGAGGCGGUGGAUCUGGUGGUUCUGGUGGUGGAUAUGGUGGUUACGGAAGUGGUUACGAAGGUGGUUACGGAAGUGGCUACGAUGGUUACGGUGGUUACGGGGGUGGUUCCGGAGGAGGAAGUAGCAAGGGAUAUUAGAUACAGAUUCUUUCCCACAACGGACAACGGAUGAUUUUCUUUUAACAUUCAUUAUAUUAAAUAUUGUAGUUGCAUUCAA